AUGAUGGAAGCGUCCGCAGUGAAUGGAGCGACUAGCUAUUCAGGAGAUACCUCAGAAAUAACAUUAUCACCGACUCCAGAAAACAUUCAGUCCUCGAUGACAGACAAAAAAAAAAUGAAAGACUCAAAUGGGAUGGUUGAAUCGAUUACAAAUCAAGUGUCACCAAUGAAUAAUUUUCCGUUAUUUAUGAGUCUUACACUUCGAUCUCUUGGAAUCAUAUUUGGCGAUAUUGGUACAUCACCGCUUUACGUUGUUAAUACAGUAUUUGCAAAUGUUAAAGAACCAAAUGAACAGCAAUGUGUGGGUAUAAUUAGUUUAAUAAUAUGGAAUUUAAUUGUCGUUGUUUCAAUAAAAUAUGCUAUUUUUAUUUUAAUGGCUGAUAAUAGAGGCGAAGGUGGUACAUUUGCACUCUGUGGAUUACUGACCGGUGAAUCAGGUCCAUUUCGUACAAGAGCAAAAAAGGUGGUAGCAAUAAUAUCAAUUUUAGCAGCAUCGUUGUUAAUUGGUGAUGGUGCUCUCACGCCUGCUGUUUCUGUUCUUAGUGCAGUCGAAGGUCUAGCUGUAUCUACUCCAAAUUUACAAAAAUGGGUUCUUCCAAUCACUAUUGUUAUUAUCAUUUUACUCUUUUUGGCUCAACAAUAUGGUACGGGAAAAAUUGGUAUUCUUUUUGGUCCAAUUAUGGUGAUAUGGUUUUUAACAUUAUUCAGUAUUGGUGUUUGGCGUAUUACUUUUCAUCCAAAAAUUUUAAGAGCAUUUAAUCCAUUCGAAGCAUUACAUUAUUUGAUCCGAGAGAAAAAAACUGGUUUCUUGCAAAUUAGUAGCGUGUUCUUAUCUGUCACAGGUUUAGAAGCAUUAUAUGCUGAUCUGGGACAUUUUGGAAGGUGGCCUGUUAGAACGAGUUGGUUUCUUGUUGUACUGCCAUCUGUUACAGUAAAUUAUCUGGGUCAAGGCGCUUUACUAGCAAUAAAUCCAACAUUGAUUGCCAAUCCCUUUUACAAUGCUGCGCCCGCUUCUAGUCUUGGUUUUAUUCCACCUGUUCGAGUUCAUCACACCAGUAAACGAAUUAUUGGACAAAUUUAUGUACCCGCCAUCAAUUGGAUAUUAAUGCUUUUAACAUUAGCCGUAACGUUAUAUUUUCAACGUAGUUCAGACAUGACUCAUGCGUAUGGUGUUACUGUAUGUAGUGUAAUGGUAAUAACUACCGUAUUGUACAUGUGUGUGAUACGUUAUGCAUGGAAACGAUCAUGGAUAUUUGUUGUCCUGUUUGGAAUAUUUCUCAUUUUCGAUUGUAUCACAUUUAGCAGUAACC